UCAGUGCAGCCCCAGCAGCGCCACCUGUCAGUGUCCAUCAGUGCUUUGUGUCAGUGCUCAUCAGUGCCACAUCAAUGCCACAUAUCAGUGCCUACCAGUGCACAUCAAUGCCACAUAUCAGUGCCCACCUGAGCUGCCUUUCAGUGUCACUCAUCAGUGCCAGUCAUUGCCAUCUAUCAAUGCCAAUCAGUGCCACCUAUCAGUGCCAUGCCCAUCAGUGCUACCUAUCAGUGUCCAUCAGUGCAGCCUAUCAGUGCCCAUCACUGCAGCCUCAUUAGCGCACAUCGGUGAAGGAGAAAAAUCACUUAUUUACAAAAUUUUAUAA